GUCGUAAACCAGUCAUGCUGUAACUACAAAUGUGCAUUCCUGGCCCCUACAAAAGGCCGGGCCAAAAACAGGAUAUUUCAUAUUUUCAGGAGCCAGCCGAAGUACCGCGGAAGCCUCGUGCCCCAUCAGUGGUCAAGCAUGUACUACAAGUCACUCUUCCCUGACCUGCCAAAGGUCCCCGAAUCAAACUUUCACCACUUCAUCUUCGAGCGGCCUGACCAGCAGGAGUGGCCAGAUUACACUUUGUUCGUAAACGUGGCUACUGGCCAGCGUCGUUCGUUCAGGGAGUUUAUCGAGCGUGUCCGCGAUGGCGCUACUGCACUUGGUGCUGAUGUGACGCAGGGUGGCCUAGGAUUUCGCCCAGAAAAUGGAGAGCUUGUAGGCAUUCUAAGCGAGAAUUGCCUAGACUAUAUCGCACUGGUGCAUUCGCUGCUAGCUAUCACGGUCCCAUUUGCGCUGUUCUCAUCGUACUCAACACCGUACGAGUUCAAACACGCCAAUUCGCUCGCGCAGGCGACUACGAUUUUUGCCAGUCCCUCGUUGCUGCCACUCGCUUUGACCUCAGGUCUCCCUGCAGAUCGGAUCUACAUCCUAGAAGGCAAAUGUGAUGGUUACACAAGCUACGAUCAGCUCGUCUCCUCUGCUCGCAAGAGUUGUAUUCCACGGGAGCCAGUCCGUGAUGCUAAUAAGGACACUCUGGCAUACCUGGUCUUUUCCAGUGGUACAAGCGGUCCUCCAAAAGCCCUCAUGGUAUCCCAGGGAAACAUCAUCCAUGCCAUGCUAGGAAUGAUGGUACAGUUUAUGGAAAUGGCUAAAGUCCAAGAGCCACCGGUAUGGGACACCCCCGAUGGGCUUCCAGUAUCCCUCAGUGUCCUUCCGAUCUACCACUCAUAUGGCCUCUACAUGACCAGUUUUUUCAACUUCCUUGGGCCUCAUACGACAGUUAUACUACCGAAGUGGGACAUCGAUUUCUUUUUCGACAGCAUCCCAAAAUACCGUAUCACGACGAUAAACCUCGUCCCAUCACUUGUACACCAGCUGGUCCACCAUCCCCGCUUCAAAACUGCCGAUUUGAGCUCAAUUAAAAGCAUAGGCAGUGGCGCUGCACACCUCCCACCCCAGCUUGCCACCCAGCUUUGCGCUCGCUUCCCAGAUAUAGAAAGAGUUAGCGAAGGCUUUGCUUUAUCUGAAUUCAUGUUGGUGGCCAUGAAACCCUUUCCUGGAAUGCUCAAUGGACGAGCCAAGAACAAACCCGGCUCCGUCGGAAUUCUGGUCUCCAGUGUCGAAGCUCGCAUUGUUCGUCCCGACGGGUCUCUCGCAGGCCCAAAUGAGGUGGGUGAACUCCUUGUACGCGGGGGCACUGCGGUGCUGGGAUACAAGGGAAAUGUCAAGGCGACACGGGAGACGUUCGUCGAUGGGUGGCUUCGUACGGGCGACCAGAUGCGGAUCGACGAGGACGGAGUGCUUUUUUUCGAAGACCGCACCAAGGACACGCUCAAAAUCUCAGGGAUGCAAGUCUCUCCCGUCGAAAUUGAGAAUACGAUCCUGGCGCAGCCCGACAAGCUCAUUACUGAUGUGACCGUCGCGGGAAUUUCUGGUGGACGUACCUCCGACGAACGCAUCCCGCGUGCAUGGAUCGUGCUAUCCCCAGCGGGCGCAGCGCUAGGUGAGAAAGAGGUUGUGGUACGGCUUGAUGCUUGGGUUCAAGAGCGGCUGAGUCGGUACAAGUGGUUGAGGGGGGGCAUUGGCAUUGUCGAUGCGAUUCCAAAGUCGCCAACUGGGAAGGUGUUGAGGCGGGUCUUAGUGGAGGGGUAUGACAAUGAGGUGAAAGUGAACGCGAAAUUGUGAAGCGUCAUGUUGUAUGGACCUGGUCUCGUAUGUUUUUCUCUUGAUACCCAUGACCGAUGGGUCGUAAUUGUUCGACUUGCUAUCAUGUUGUUUUAAUUGCUGUAUUUGCUUGGAAAAUGAAUUAACCUCGAUCAACAGUAUAGAACAGAAGACGCUAGCCAUAGUUCGUGAAUGAUGGAAUUUGAAGU